UCACUUCCUGGAUACUUUAAACUGUCAAACGAAACAAUAGUGACGAUAAGAGGCUGAACAACAUCUGCUGUCACAACCCUGGAUAAAGUUAUGAAUUUUCACUGCAGAAAGAAAGCUCAGUGAGAGGUGACGGAGCUGCAGGCGCUCAUGGAGGACUUCAGGAGGUCGUACCUGAGGCUGUGUAAGGAGGGAGGAAUAGAUACUCAGGAAUCAGUGCUGGCUCAACUGCAAGACACGAGAACAGUGACGGGCAGCUGUAGACUGGACCUGAGGGGGCAGAGCAUCACUGUGGACACCUGCAGCGUGCUGGGAAGAGUCCUGCAGAAUGACGCCGUCUUCACAGAGAUCCUCCUCAGCGACUGCAUGCUCAGUGAGGAAGGUGUCAAGCUGCUACUAAAUGGGCUUUGCUCCAACACCACAGUGAAAGUUUUGGAUCUGAAGGGGAACAACAUGAGAGGAACAGGAGCUGAGGCUUUGGGACAGUUGUUAGUGAGGAACAAGAUACUGCGCAGACUUGUGCUGGAGUGGAAUGCUCUGGGAAUGUGGGAGGAAGGAUUUGCUGUAUUUUGUGAAGGUCUGGCCUCCAACACCUCUCUCAGCCAGCUUGACCUGCGCAAUAAUCAAAUCAACCACCAGGGGGCGGCGGAGCUCUGCUUAGCACUGAAGAGGACCUCCACUCUACAAGAGCUGGAUCUCAGAUGGAACAACAUUGGGCUGCUGGGCGGUCGAUCUAUACUGGAGGCAAUGCAGCAGAACCGCGCACUGAUCAAACUAGAGAUGGCUGGAAACAACAUUCCCAGCGACACGCUCAGGGCCAUCGAACAGUCCAUGAAUCACAAUGCAGACAGGCAGUCGACACUGAGAGAGAGCCGGAGCAGGACUCAAGUGCUCAGCAAAGAGAUCCAGCUCCUAAAGGAUGAGAAAAGCCGACAGUUUCUUAGUAUGAUGGAGACCAUUGAUAGACAGAAAGACGAGAUGGGAAGAAGCAGCAGAAAUUCAUCCAUACGUCUGGGGCAGUUACAGGAAGUGCUGAGCGAGCAGAAAUCAUCUGUAAAUUCUCUCACAGCCAAACUGCAGAUGACGGAGGCGGCUCUAGCUCUGUCGGAGCAGAAGGCUCAUGACCUCGGUGAGCUGCUGACUCGAGUUAAAAUGGAGAAAGCCGAGCUCAGAGACAGACAGUCCAGAGAGAUCAAGAAAGAGCAGGAGGACCUUGCAGGGAAAGAGCAGGUGAAAGUGGCAGAAGUGUCACGAGUGCGUGUGGAACUACAGGAGCAGAUCGGCCACCUGCAGGCUGAGAGAACGGCACAGGGCGGCCUUAAAGAGAAGAUCGCUGCUCUGGAGAGAGAGAUGAAGGUUCUCAGUACCGCCCACAGAGAGGCCCUUCUGGACAAAGAGAGUGAGAUCUCGUCUCUGCUUGAGCGGCUGCGCAUUAGAGAAGGAGAGAUCCAGCGCAUACGUGAGGACGAGGCCCAGAGAGCCAGCUUCCUCCAGAAUGCCAUUCUCACGUACGUCCAGGGCUCUCCUCUCGCUCACUUCAGCCCCAAAAAGUGAACUCUUAUGCCAAGACUUCUGUGAUUUCCCCACAGGUCUGUUAUACACUUUCCAUCAGGGUGCUUUGCAACUAUGCAUAAUAAAUCUACUGCAUAUUGCAAGUUUUUACAAUGCUUUUACAUAUUUGAGUGACAUGUUUUCAUGAAUUAAAAAAAACAAUUAUACUAAAAUACUUUUAAGUGUAUAUAUUUGGUUCGGAAAAGGGGUUUGCCUUGGCGAAUAAUCAGAAAACUUAUUUUCAAAAAUUUCACUUUUUUAAUGAAUAUUCACUUUUAUUUAAAAUGUUGGAGCUCUUUCAAAAAUGUGCCUUUUCAAAAUCCCCAGUGUGCCAUAUUGUCCAUCAACGCUCUUAUAUUACGUCACUUACAAAUUGUAUAUUUUAAAAUGAUUUCCACUGUCAGAGUUCUUCCACUUUUGUAAUGUGUGUUGGCUAUUAAAUAAAAUGUUUUUUUUUUCAAAAAC